CCCACAUCGGAACGAUGUUGGAAUUUUUUGGCUCACCGGUGGCCUGUUGCAAUUGCCUUUAAAUCUUCCCAACUCCGGGGUUUGUGUCUGUUGAAAUUGAUUCUCCUUCCACCUCAUUCUUUGAACAAGUACAGCGUACAAGUCCAUCUCGAUUCCCAGCCAUGAUCCAACACCACUACAUCGCGAAGCUCGGCAAGCCAUCCAUCAUUCUGUCCAAAGUUAUUCGUUCUGGGAAUUUAUGCGCUUCAGCUUAUACAAUUACAGCCCCAGGCGGGCACUCAUUGCUUUUCCGAUCCCCCUUUCAUCUUCCUUGUCUGUUGGUGUAUGGGCACGCCUCUCACAUCCGCACACCCUCCAGUGCAGCAGAUAUGCACCGAUAUAUUCAUCUCAAGUCUCAAGCGUCGUCAUCGCGCCGGAACGCAACCCCAUCCGCCGACCCCCAGCCCGCCUCUCCAUCGACGACCCAACCCACCCCUCAGAUUAUCCAUACCCGUCUCGACGCUCCUGUGCCCAGCUACAUCUUCGUUUUCCUGCUGGCUACGCUCGCCAGCUACAUCAUCUGCGAGAAGAAUAACAACUCGUCUGCUGCUAGGAACUGGAUCUGUGCAGGCUGCAAGAACGUGAAUGAGAAUCUUCGUACUGCGAUUUCGUUUCGCCAGAUGAGGAAGGAUGCGGUACGGAGAGCCGUCCAGAUUUUUGAAUCAAUCCCAAGUACGGAGCGCCAUGGAUCAGACAGUGUAAACGACAAUGACUUGCGAGGAGGUUGAUAUAGGAAAGCAGUCCUAGAGCC